GAGAAAAAGGAAAAAAAAAAACGCCUUAAUAUCUCCUGCACCCAACCCAACGUCAUCUCCAUUAAACUUAGCCGCGCAAACUAGUGAGUAGUUAGGAGUUAAGACAGCUGCUUCCUCCGGGGGCAAAGAGACUUCCGGGAAGAGAAAAUGACUGCUUCUACUUCCACUGAGUUAAACGCUUCAGAGGUCAUCGAAACCCCUUUUCUAGUCAAUGACACAGUUGAAGAUAACGUUGACUACAAAGGCUGCCCGGUCAAACGGUCGGAAUCCGGUGGAUGGCGAUCGGCAGCUUUCAUUAUAGGCCUGGAGAUAUCGGAGAGAAUUGCAUUCUGCGGCAUCGGUUCGAACCUGAUCAAUUACUUGACUGGUUCACUCGGUCAAUCCACCGCCACGGCCGCCGCCAACGUCAAUGCUUGGUCCGGUGCGGCAUCCCUUUUACCCCUCUUGGGUGGUUUUGUCGCUGACUCCUUCUUCGGCCGUUACCGCACCAUCCUGAUCGCUUCGUUGCUCUUUAUCCUGGGACUUGGCUUCUUGACGCUUUCUGCUGUCCUACCCUCGUUCAGUUCUGCUGAUUGUCAAAAUGCAGCGAAAGAUGUUGCUUGUUUUCCUUCUGAGCUCCGAAUUGGCUUCUUCUUUUUCUCCUUGUAUCUGGUUGCUCUCGCAGAAGGAGGGCAUAGACCUUGUGUUCAAGCUUUUGGAGCUGAUCAAUUUGAUGGACGAGAUCCUACAGAACGCAGAGCAAAAAGCUCAUUCUUUAACUGGUGGUACUUUGGUAUGUGCGGUGGUUCGAUGAUAACAUUCUUGGUUUUGAACUAUAUCCAAGAUAACCUUGGUUGGGGUCUAGGAUUUGGUAUACCCUGUGUUGCAAUGGCUGUUGGGCUGAUCUUAUUCUUGUUUGGAACUAAGACAUAUCGAUUCCGCAUCAACGGUGAUGAGAUGAGUCCCUUUCUUAGAAUUGGUCGGGUAUUUGUGAAGGCAGGAAAGAAUUGGAGGGCCUCCUCCUCAGCCAUUUCUAUUGAAGAGGAGUCUCUGGGAUUCUUGCCCUAUGAGGGUUCUCAACAAUUCAAGUUUCUGAACAAAGCUUUGCUAGCGCGUGAUAAUUCAAAGGAAGAUGACCAUGUUUGUAGCAUCACUGAUGUAGAAGAGGCAAAGGCAGUUCUUCGGCUGUUUCCAAUAUGGGCCACAGGCCUGGUUUACGGAAUUAUGUUUUCACAGCCACCAACCUUUUUCACCAAGCAAGGGGUAACGAUGGACAGGUCUAUCAGUCCAAGUGUGCAAGUACCAGCUGCUUCUCUGCUAUCUUUCAUGACCUUGUCCAUAAUGAUAUUUAUACCCAUCUAUGACCGUGUUUUGGUUCCUAUUGCAAGAUCUGUAAGUGGAAGACCUUCAGGGUUAACAACUUUGCAACGUGUAGGAACUGGAAUAGUGCUAUCAUGUCUUACCAUGGUCAUAGCUGCUCUAGUUGAGAUGAAGCGCCUUGAAACGGCUAAAGCUUAUGGGUUGGUUGAUAACCCAAAGGAAACAAUUCCAAUGAGUGUAGCAUGGCUGAUACCUCAGUAUUUCCUGUUUGGAGUAGCUGACACCUUUAUAUCAAUUGGUUUGCAAGAGUUUUUCUAUGAUCAGGUACCUAGUGAUUUAAAGAGUAUAGGCCUUGCGCUGUACCUUAGCGUGUUUGGAUUCGGAAACUUUCUGAGCAGCUUUCUCAUCUCAGUAAUUGAGAAAGCCACAGGCGGAGAUGGACGCGACAGCUGGUUCUCCGACAAUCUGAACAAGGCUCACCUUGAUUAUUUUUACUGGCUGCUUUCUGCCCUGAGUGCAGUGUCACUAAUUACCUAUUUGUACUUUACCCAGUCUCACAUUUAUAAUCGAGCAAGUAACAUCUGAAAUGAACAUAUAUUCACCUUUGAAGUGGAUUUGCAAAGAAAGUACAUAUUGUACAAUAGAGUCAGAUUUUUCACUUUCCACUCCAUGUUAAGCCCUUUUAUGAAUCUUUCACUGCUGCUUCUUGGCAGCUGAAAAGGAGUUCAGAAUAUACACCAAAUGUGCUGCACUGUACGUAUACAUUACUUCGAAAUAUGUGGGGAACUGCAACACAUACUAUCGUUCUUCGUUAACUGUAUCCAUUCAUUAACCAA